AGCGGUUCCACUGGCAACUUUCACUGUCCACCACUUCUGAUCACUGUGCAUCAUCCAUUCACACGCGACCGGGACUUUAACUUCCUUUCGGCACCCACGUCCGCACCUAGCGGCUUGCGACACCUCAUCACCAUCGCAUAUCCUCAUCAGAAACCAUUCCCACAAUGGACGCCGCGUCAAUCGAAGAGCUCAACAAGGUGCGACGGGCAAUGGGCAUGAAGCCUUUGCCUGUCCCCGGCGAAGCGCCCAAGGCUAGAUCACCCACCCCCGAAGGCGAAGACAAGGGCAGCACGCUCGAGACCCGCGAAGCCGCAUCCUACGACAACUACAAUAAGGCCCUAGAGGCAGAAGCCGCGAAGAAGAAGCGUGAGGAGAGAGCCGCCGCUAUCAAGAAGGCCCGCGAGAUGGCCCAGCGCAACGCCAUUCUCGACGGUAAGGGCAUCGCCGAUGACGUGGAAGACGACGAGCUCGAUGCCAAGGCCUGGCUCAAGAACCAGAAGAAGCGGCAAAAGAAGAUUGAGGCGACGAAGAAGGCCGAGGAGGAGAAGGCCGCUGCUGAAGCUGCGGCGGCGGCGGCUGAGCACACAGCUAGGGAUCUGGCCGGUGUCAAGGUUGCGCACGAUAUGGAUACUUUCCUUGAGAGUGGCGACCAGGUUCUCACGCUCAAGGAUACUGGUGUGUUGGAUGCCGAAGAGGAAGGGGACGAGCUCGAAAACAUUGAAUUGCGCGAACGAGAAAAGCUGAGCGAGAGACUCGACCUCAAGAAGAAGAAGCCGCUUUACGACCCUAAUGACAUCGACGAAACGGGCGAACGAACGAUUUUGUCGCAAUACGACGAGGAGAUUAAUGGCAAAAAGAAGAAGGCUUUCACACUCGGUCAGACAAUCAGGACAACGGCAACGACAGAUUCUUUGGCCGAUAUCCUAGACAGUGCGCCUGUUCAGAGGAAGGGGCAGACUGUUGAUCUGGAUAUGCUCGACGAUGCUCCUGCUCCAGUAUCAGAUUAUAUGGACGCGUCCGAAAUCAAAGUUAAGAAGCCGAAAAAGAAGAAGACCAAGUCGACAAGGCGCCGAGACGACGACGAUGUGCUAUACCCAGGAGAGCCGGAAGCUCCAGCAGAUACGGAGCAGCAGAUGGAUAUCGAUUCGGGGGCUGCGACCUACACGAAAAAGAGGAAGACGUUUGACGAGGACUUUGUCGACGAUGACGAUCUGCAACAAUCCUUGGCCCGCCAGAGAUCCGCGGCGUUGAAGAAGCGGAAGACACGACCCGAAGAGCUUGCUAAGCAGCUGCGUGAACAAUCGAACCAACCAGAGCCGGAAGCCGCCGAGGCGGGCGGUAUCGUUAUCGACGAGAUCAGCGAGUUCGUUGAUGCUCUCCACGCAGAGCGCGAAGAAGAGAAGAAGGCACCAAAGCCAAAGCCUCAACAACGGACAGAGACAGCAGUUACAGCGAUGGAGGAGGAAUCAUCAGACGAAGAGAUGGAAGACGCCGACAAGGACGGACAGUCCGAGCGGGCCACAUCGCCGUCCGCCGAGCUUCCUACAACCGGUGUCGAAGAAGAGAAGCUCGUGGCCCAAGGCAUGGCCGCGACCUUCGCCUUGCUCAAGGACCGCCGCCUUAUUGACGCCGAGUCUCGCGGCUCCGAGCUCGUUAAGAACUUCCGCGAAAGCGCUCACUUCAAGGCCGAGCUCGCCCGCCUCAUGAAGAAGUUCGACGACGAGACCCGCAUCCAGCGCGAGCGCGACCGUGCCAGCGGCCGUCUCGACCGGAUGUCGAUCCGCGAGCGUGAGGAGUGGCAGCGACAGCAGAACACGAUCCGCGAACAGCAUCAGGCACGCGUCAUAGAGCAGUUGUUCAGGGAAGCGUACAAGCCCACGGUCGAGCUCAAGUAUGUGGGCCCCGACGGCCGGUCGCUCGACAAGAAGGAGGCCUUCAAAGAGCUAUCGCACCAGUUCCACGGGAAAGGCAGUGGAAAGGGCAAGACGGAUAAGCAGCUCAAGAAGGAAGAGGCUAAGAAAAAACAGAUGGCCCAGAGUUUCCUUGAUGCUAGUCAGAACGUUGGUAUGAGCACGGCGGCGUCGCAUCAGGGUAAGAAGCGCAAGGAAGCUGGUGUUCGGUUGGCGUAGGGACGACAUGGAAGCUUGAUUACGAUUGGAUCUCGGAGCGUCCAGAGACUACUGUUUGGAUUAUACUAAACGAAACAAGCGUCGUGCACAGGUAAGACGUAGAUCGUUCCGUUGAGUUGUGAUCCCGCUUAGUUACUGUUGCCGUGAAAUCUUGCACUUGUGAACAUUCUGCCCAUGGCAAAAGCAUGGCCACUGGCCGAUGCAGGUCACUGGAGUGUCCGAUCAAAAGAAUACCGUAAGUCACUGCUUAAACCAGCACGGAACGGAGAGAGCAAAUGAGUAG